AUGGCUACGGAAGAGGUGAAGACGGCCGCGGGCCUCAAGAAGAAGGUCUCAGAUGUCCAUGUGCUCGACCAAUCGGGUGCUGUUUUCAAAGGUUUCCAAAUAUGGACAGACCUGGCGCCAGCUGUUCAGCAGCAGCCGAAUCUUAUGUUUGCCAAGUGUGUAGUACAGCCUGGCUCUACGAAAGAAGUCCUACAGGUUCAACAGAUAGAGCCGCAGGGCAGCGGCGAUACUUUCGAAGUCCCUCAGUCCCACGCCUGGAACGUCAACUCCACCAUUGAUCCUAUGACGUACGGAGAUAUUGGGAUGCUCCCCCAUACAAAUAUCCCGUGUGUGCUCGAUUUCCUGCGCAUUCGUUACAUGAAAAACCAGAUUUACACUUGCGCUGAUCCUUUGGUAGUUGCAAUUAAUCCCUUUAAGGACUUGGGAAAUACCACCAAAGAAUAUAUCUGCAAAUACAGAGAUGCGGUCGACUACACAAACCUCCCUCCGCACGUCUUCUACACAGCGAGAGUGGCACUCGACAACCUGCACGGAGUGAACAAGUCACAAACCAUCAUUGUGUCUGGCGAAUCCGGUGCUGGGAAGACCGAAGCAACAAAGCAGGUCAUGAGAUAUUUUGCCACGGCAAAGGGAGGAGCCAUGGACCUACGAAUUCAAAAUGCCAUUAUGGCGGCGAAUCCCGUCCUCGAAGCCUUCGGAAAUGCGAAGACAAUCCGUAAUAACAACUCUUCUCGUUUCGGUCGCUUUAUGCAGCUCGAUGUGGCUAAGGAAGGAGGUAUUCGUUAUGGCAGUGUGGUCGCUUUCUUGCUAGAGAAGUCUCGAGUGCUUACUCAAGACGAACAGGAGCGAUCGUAUCAUAUUUUCUAUCAGCUGUGCAAGGGAGCUGAUGCGUCCAUGAAACAGAAGUUUCACCUGUUGCCUCUGGAUAAAUACAAGUAUAUUAAUCCCAAAUGCUUCGAUGUUCCUGGAAUUGAUGAUCUUGCAGAGUACAACGACGUUUGUGCUGCAUUCCAGUCGAUGUCGCUGACGGAGGAGCAAAUAAACUCUGUAUGGAGUAUCGUGUCUGGUGUCCUUCUGCUUGGUAACGUAGAAGUCACGGCCACAAAGCAAGGUGGCCUUGAUGAUGCCGCAGGAAUUGAGGGGGAAAAUCUAGAGACAUUCCAAAAUGCUUGCAGGCUCUUGUUUAUCGACGCAGACGCGAUUCUGAGGGAGCUAACAUUAAAGGUCACAUACGCCGGUAACCAGAAAGUAGAAAGCCGCUGGAAACAGGCCGACGGAGACAUGCUUAAAUCGUCUCUCGCGAAAGCCAUCUACGACAAGCUCUUCCUCUGGAUUAUCAAGGAACUCAACAAGUCCAUUGAGCCACCUGAGGGCUUCUCUAAGUUUCUAGGCAUGCUUGAUAUCUUCGGCUUUGAGGUGUUUAAAAAUAACUCGCUGGAGCAAUUCUUCAUUAAUGUCACUAACGAAAUGCUGCAAAAGAAUUUCGUGGACAUAGUGUUUGCGCGUGAGGCGAAGCUGUACAAGGAGGAGGGCGUAUCGACAGCCGAACUGGUGUACACUUCCAAUGCAGAGGUUAUUAGCGUGCUAACGGACAAAAAGUGCUCGAUUCUUUCUACCUUAGAGGACCAAUGCUUGGCCCCAGGAGGAGGUGAUGAGAAGUUUGUGGCAGCUUGCAAAACUGCUUUCAAGAACAGCACCAAGUUCAAACCAGCCAAGGUGUCGCCUAACAUCAACUUCCUAGUUAGCCAUACUAUCGGAGACAUUCAGUACAACGGAGAGAGUUUCCUUUUCAAAAACAAGGACGUACUACGAGCAGAAAUCAUGGAGGUAGUCCAGGCUUCUUCAAACCUCGUCGUGAAGGACCUGUUUGCUGGCAUUGUUAUGGAGAAAGGGAAAAUGGCGAAGGGCCAGCUCAUUGGCUCGCAAUUUCUGAGGCAGCUUGAGGCCCUCAUGGAACUUAUUAAUAGUACGGAGCCACACUUCGUGAGAUGUGUGAAACCAAAUGACACCAAGAAGCCUUUGGAUUGGGUUCAAUCCAAGGUUCUAAUCCAGCUACAUGCACUCUCAGUCCUCGAGGCCCUGCAGCUAAGGCAAAUCGGCUUCUCUUACAGACGUCCUUUCAAAGACUUCCUCUAUCAGUUCAAGUUCAUCGAUCUUGGCAUUUGCGAAAAUCAAUCUCUUUCUCCGAAAGCUGCGAGCCAGGCUCUUCUCGAAAAGGCAAAAGCUACCAAAGGCGAAUACCAGAUUGGGAGCACAAUGGUUUUCCUGAAACAAGGAGCAGCGAAGCACCUGACUCUCAUACAGCGUCAGUGCCUGGCAGCGUGGACGCCUCUAGUGAGCGUUCUUGAAGCAUGCUACAUGAGAUUGCGCCUGGCCAAGGCUAUGUCCAAGAAGAAGCAUUACAUCGUCAGAACUCAGGCUCACAUUAGGAGGCAUAUAGUGGACCACAACGUAUCCCCCACUUCCAUUGAAAAGCUCUUCUGA